ACAACUGCAACAACAAAUACAACAAAUACAAAAUAAUAAACAAAAAACAAGCGACGUAGACGACGGCCCCCAGGACAAAAAUCAAUUGCAAAAAUUGAAACUUAUGGAUUGCUGGACGGGUAACGCCCGACUGGCGAGUGUUUUAGUUUAAGCAGCGUAAGCUGUCACCGACAUGGGCAGUGAGCACUACUGCUUGAGGUGGAACAAUUACCAAUCCAACCUGUUAGGGGUGUUUAGUCAAUUACUACAAGACGGGAGCCUGGUGGACGUCACAUUAGUUUGUUCAGAGGGCACAUCCAUCAGAGCCCAUAAGGUGGUCCUCUCGGCUUGUUCCUCGUACUUCCAGAGCCUGUUCCUGGAGCAUCCCGAAAGACAUCCAAUUGUGAUAUUGAAGGACGUCCGUUUUGCCGAGCUGCAAACCUUAGUUGAAUUCAUGUACAAGGGCGAGGUGAACGUGCAAUACUGUCAGUUGUCCGCACUGCUCAAGACAGCCGAAUCACUCAAGGUCAAGGGUCUUGCCGAGAUGACAAAUCAGAAUACAACGCUGCGCGAACCGGAACGUGAACCCGAUCGACUGCGUCCCCAUUCGCAGGCCAGCGGCGGCGGCAGUGGCGGUGGCGCCCACAAGGCCGCCGACAGCCCGGCGUCAGCACUGGAUGCGGCUUCUUCAGCAGCGACCUCAGCAGCAGCAGCAGCAACAGCAGCGGCAGCGUCAUCUGCGGCCACCAGCAGCAGCACGAGCACGAGCACGAGCACCAGUGGCAGCUCCUCCACCUCAACCUCAGCAACAGCGGCGGCGGCAUCAGCCACAGCGGCGGCUACAGCGGAGAGUACAGCGACAGGCGGUGGCGGUGGCAGCAGUAGUAGUACAACAGCAACAUCUGCCACAACAGCAGCAGCGGCAACAUCGGCCACAACAUCUGCCACAACGCCUGCCGAAGAAGCGACAUCCGCGUCCAGCGGCACCCACAAGCGAGAGGCGAGCGAUCGGUGCAGUCCACCGCCAGCGAAGCGUUACGCAGUCUCCGGCGGCUCGGUGAGGAUCAAUCUCGAUGAGGACGAUGAUGAGGAGGACGAGGAGCUGGAGGAGCAGCUGGUGAGGGGCCUGCAUGUGGGCGAGGAUGCAGACGAUGAUGUUGAUGACAUUGACGAUGUUGGGGAUGACGACGAGGACGAGGAGGAGGACACACCCAUGCCGCUAGAUCUCUAUCAAAGACGUGACGCCGCCUCCGGCUCUGCCUCGGCCUCGACCUCUGCCUUGGCCUCAGGCUCUGGCUCUGGCUCUGGCGGUGAGCAUAAAAAUGUUGCAAGUGCGGCGGUAACAGACAGCAGCAGCAACAACAACAACCUCAGCAACAACAACAAUAACAACAACUCCAGCAGCAGCAACAACAACAACAGCGGGAGUGGAAGCGGAAGCGGAAGUGGAAGCGGCAUCAAAGCUACCUCAAUGGCUGCCUCGGCUGCCAGCAAUGGCGAAAGCAUCGAUCUGGCUGUGGUCGCCGUCGAAGAUGACGACGACGAUGAGGACGAGGAUGCCCUGCACCAUGACGAGGAUAAUGUCAAUACACGGCACAAUGCGGCGGCCCAUCAUCGCCACCGCCACCACCACCACCAUCACGAUGACGAUGAUCUCGAUGACGACGAUGUUGUCGUAGUGGGCAGCGCCUCAGCGGCAGCAGCAGCAGCAGCGGCAGCCACAACCACAGCCUCUGCUGCGGCAGCAGUUGCCCGAGAUAUUGCCCAAAGGAUUGCCCACCAGAGCAUACGCCUGAGCCACCACCACCAUCAGCAUCAGCAGCAGCAGCAGCAGCAGCAUUCGCACCACCAACAGCAACAGCAGCAGCAGCAUUCGCACCACCAACAGCGGCAUCACCAGCACCACAACGAGGAUGAUGACGAUGAUGACGAUGAGGACGAGACGGUGGUGGGCUCGGGUGGCCUGCCAACCAUACCCAAGACCGAGAUCAUAGACGACGAUUACGACGACGAGAUGGAUCUCGACGAUGACGAUGAGGCGGACAACAGCAGCAAUGACAUGGGGCUGAACAUGAAGAUGGGAGGCGGCGGCGGUGGUGUAGAUCUCUCCACGGGCUCCACUGUGAUUCCCUCGCCCCUGAUAUCCUUGCCCUCAUCCUCGGCUGCAGCAGCAGCAGCAGCAGCGGCAGCGGCAGCGGCCGCCGUGGCAGCAGUCGAAUCGCAACGCUCAACGCCCGCCGGUGGCGGAGGAGGCGGCAGUGCGACCUGUGCCUCCGAUUUGAGUCUGGGGGCUGGCGGGCGUCCGGCAUCGCGCAGUUCACGUGAUGGCGGACCCGAAGGUCGAGCCGCCUCCAGCCUGCUGAGUCCCGGGACUGUGGCCAAUCUCUUGCCAGUGCAAUCGGUGCCAUUGAGCCUAAAGAAAGAAAUCGAUUGCAGUGAGGACGAUAACAGUAGUCACAGUAGACACAUGCAACCGCGUUCGGCAUCAGCUGGCGGCGGACUGGGCGGCGACCUAGACUAUCGCGCCUCCCACGAAUCGCUGCUGCGCAACUUCACCUCUCCGAUGAGCGCCAUGGCCUCCAGUCGCUGCCCCACGCCAUUCGCCUUCCCCUUCACGCCGCUGGGCCUGAGCCUCUUCGACAUCGAUCCGUCCAGAAUACUUAGCCUGCUCCACCACCAGACCUGGCUGGCCGAAGAGGCACUGAGGACUCGGGGUUUGCUGGCAGCACCCAAGGAUUUCACCCACCGUUUUACCACUUUAAGCGAUCUGCUGAACAAGGACUAUCAGCCGGUGGUCGGCCAGUCACCCACGACGGCCACGUCCACGGCCACGACGACGACAACGAGCCCAUCGUAUGCCAAGCAGACCACAACGAACCGUUCCAGCGAUGUACAGUACAAACAACAACAACAGCAACAACCUCAUGGAGGAUCUGCUGGAGCGCCAGUAGCUCCAGGCUCCAGCUCCAGCUCCACCUCCACUGGAGUGGCGGCAGCCUUCAACAUGCGUUACCCAACACCGACAGCCUUCUACCAGCAGCAGCAAUCGAAGGCGGCCAAGUCUUCGCCGUCGCCACAGCAGAUGGCCACCAGCUCGACCAGCUCCAUGGCCUGCAUCUCCCUUGAGUCGGGCAGCGGUGGCGAUGACAGCUGCAAGCGCAGCUCGGCGGACAGCGACGAGGUGACCAUCGUGGAGCUGCCCAGCGAGCGGAGCGCCCAGCUCUACAAGGAGUCGCUGGAGCAGCUGCUGCAGCGGCGACGCAUCAGCAGCAACAGCAGCAGCAGCACCCCCGGUGUGGGCCCAGCCACUGGCGGCGGUGGAGUCAUUGUCGAUGCCACCGGCCUGCGGCAGUAUACACAGCUGCUGCUGUCGGGUGCCGGCACACCGGUCAGCUGCACGGACACGUCGAGCAGCUGCAAGGAGAAGAGCUCCUCCUCGUCUACCUCAUCGACGCCGCCGCCCAGCUCCUCGCUGUUGGCGCAGCAUCAGCAGCUCAGCCAAAUGCUGAAGAGCCCCUCGGAUACGUGCUCCUCGCUGUUUAGCGGCUCGGAGCCCAUCGAGGAGGAGACCCGCUGCGUCGUGUGCAACGCCCACUUCCCCAAUGUGUGGCUGCUCGAGCAGCAUGCCGCCCUGCAGCACCCCCACGUGGGGCCCGGCGAGGAGAAGCCCUUCAUCUGCGAGCAGUGCGGCCAGUCGUACCGCUACCGCAGCGCCUACGCCAAGCACAAGGAGCAGAAUCACCGGGCCCGCCUGCCCGCCGACAAGCUCUUCACCUGCGACGUCUGCGGCAUGCAGUUCCGCUACCUGAAGAGCUUCAAGAAGCACCGCCUCAAUCACGCCCUCGAGCGACUGCACGGCAAGAAGACCAUCGGAGUGGUCGGCCGCCUCGGUGGCUCCCUCUCCGUGUCGGUAUCGACUCCCGCAUCGGUAUCGGCGUCGGGUGGUCCCGUCGUGUCCACGCAACUGGACCAGGAUGUGGUGACCAGCUCCCAGGAGCCAAUGCUGGCCGAUGAGGGCGAAGAUCUGCGGGUGAAUGUAAAGCGCGAGGGCUCAGACGAGACCCAUCCGGAAGCCGGCAGUGGCAUGGGCGGCAGCGAAGAGCACGAACAGGACAACACCAUCGACUCGGCGGGUAUCACGAUGCUCUAUCAGGACAACAACUCCUCGGCCUCGGCCUCCACCAGUGCCACGGAGCCAAACAUCAGCAGCUCUGAUGGCAUUCAUAGUACAAACAAGCGGUCGCGACUGCACCACUUGGAAACGGAUCCCUCCUACCCACACCACCAUCACCACCACCAACAUCACCACCAUCACCAGCAGCAGCAGCAGCAACAGUCGCAGCAGGGCCAGCUGCCACCUCAUCUGGGUCACCAUGUCUCACUGCCAAUGGCGGCCAAUGCUGUGGCCGCUGCCGCUGCCGGCUCCUCAUCGUCAUCGGCGGCUGCUGCCGCCGUUGCUGCGGCAAACGCCGCCGCUCAGGCGGCCAAUUCCAGCUCAAAUUCUGUGGGCGUGGCCAGUGGAAAUGCUGCCGGAUCCGCCGGCAGCGGCAUCAGUUCACUCAGCUCGCUGACAUCGCUGAUCAACGCCGAGCGGAUACCGAACGAACAGUUCUUGGGCCUCAAUCCGCAGGAGGCUUCGAUACUGAACUUUUUACGCGUCGAUGCCGCCGAGCGACAGCGUGACAAGCGGCCGGCCACCUCACGCUUUGCUUGCCCCUUCUGCGGCAAGUGUGUGCGCUCCAAGGAGAACCUCAAGCUGCAUGUCCGCAAGCACACCGGCGAGCGUCCGUUUGUGUGCCUUUUCUGUGGCCGCGCAUUUGGUGGCAAGUCCGAUUUGACGCGCCACCUGCGCAUCCACACGGGCGAGCGGCCCUACCACUGCGAGUCGUGCGGCAAGUGCUUCGCCCGGGCGGACUAUCUAUCGAAGCAUCUCACCACCCACAUUCACAAUGCGCCGCGCUGAGAUGAGGCGCGUAGGAGGCGGCUCCUACGCAGAUAAGGAACCAGCAGUAGAAGUCAGGACUCACUCACACACACACACACACACACACACCAACAAACACACACACAGAGAGACUACAGGAAGAGCGUAAACAUUUAGAAAUUUAUGUAUAAAUUAUAUUAGUAGCAAAACUCUCUAUUUUGGCGAUUAGAGGGAAAAGAAUAUUUUUUUUUGUAACAAUAAUUAUGAGUGGAAUUUUUUUUUUUUUAUUGGUGGAAAGCAAGACAAAACAAAAGAAAGCAAAUACAAUAUUGGCAAUUAUUAUUGACACUAAAUAUUGUAUGAUAUUGAACUAAUCUAUCUCUCUAUAGUGCAUAAAAAACACUUACAUGUGUGUGUGUAAGGAUUACCCACCAUAAUAUUGUAAUUGUAAUUUGUCUGAGGUUUUUCGUUGCUAUCGAACGAUAGAUAGAUCAAGUGCAGAUUAGAAGCGAAUUUCGACAUUCGUUUCGCUGCAUUUGAGACAGAAACUCAUUACCCACAAAAUAGUAAUUGAAACAUGAACAACAGAAUGCAAAACCAAACACCAUAGACACCAUAGACAUACACCACCAUAUACAAUAUAUAUGAAUAUUUGACGAGGACGAAUAGAAAUGAAUAUGUACCACAAAUCUGCCGUUUUAUACUAUACACAAUAGAUAAAAUAUAUAUAAUUUUACACAUUGAUUUAAAAGAGAAGCUAAACUAGCAACAAUUUGUACAAACAAACAAAAGCGAAACAGAAACUAAUAACUAAAGUAUGAGGCAAUGCCAAGGUCCCUUACUGACCUGCAGGAGAAAUGCUAAUGCAAAUGCAAUAACUGAGAGCAAACACUGUUACCUACCAUAGAAAACAAUAAACCAAGUUGAAUUUUAGUUAAUAUUAGUGACAAGAGAGGCGAACCACACAGGAACUAAGAAUCAAAACAAAAUA